AUGGAAGCCGAACAUCAAUUAACAGGCUCAAUUCAAUCCAUCAGCUUGAAUUCUAACUUUGAUCAAUCAAAUGAAUUCGAUAUAAUACUGUCACCUUUGCCUGUUAUUAAUGAUGAAAUUAGAUCCUCAGAACAAUACGAGACAAUAGGAAGAGCAACUCGACCAUUACAUAUUUCACGUUCUCCUGUUUUUGAACGAAGACGCUAUGAUGGACGAAUAGCAAAAACAUUGACAUUUGAUGACACAUCGAAUUUAAAUAUUCGUAGCAUUUGUCGUUCAUUACGUAAAAGACUAGAAUCAUCUAAACAAAAUAAUCACAGUAACAAUCAAAUAGAAAAUGAUCUAAAUGAAAAAUCUGAAGAAACAAUGUCAACAAGUGAGAAAAAUGUUGCAAAAGCUCAGAUAAAUGCGAAAGAAAAUCUAGAAUUAAAAUUAGCAACACAGGCUUCUGCUGAGCUAAAAGAUGAUGAGAAAAAUAAAAAGUGGUUGGCGCGUAUAUGGCAGACGAAUAUGUGGCGUGUUGCUGACGAAGUUCGCAAUAUUACACAUGAUUUUGCUGUUGGUUCACCUCUUGUUGUACCUAAAGAAACUGGACGUAGUAGUGCUUUAAGUAAUAUUAUCAAUGUCAUCAAGAUUUGCUCUCAAAGUGAAAUAAUUACAAUAGAUUCUUCUAAUCAAGCAACUAAUUUAAAUUCUUCAAAUGCUCGAGCCAAUGAAAUACUAGAUGAUAUUCUAACACUUGUGAAUCUAAAAGAAACUGCAAAUAAAGAACGACAACAAACACAUGAGAAUAAUAAAGCUGGUAAACAAUGUGUGCAUAAUGAAACUGAACGUGGUGUUACGCCAUUGACAGAUGAAUAUCGCCAUAUUAUUGAUGCUCUACUUGAUCGUCCAGCGAUUACUGGACAAUACACAUCUAACAUUCCUUCCGAACCGAUAUUAUUACAAAUUGACAAAUCCGAUCUUGAUUUCUUUCAAAUAUUAAUGAUGGAAUCUAAAUCAAAAACAAAUGUUAUCGCUGUAGAAACGCCAGAUGGAUUAAUCUAUUUGAAAAAUAUGUAUCACAAGCGAAUGAUAGGUGCAUAUUUUAUGUAUCAAGAUCAUCAUUAUUCAACUGCCAAAUCAAUUAAAUCAUCCAACAAUAAGCAGUUUAUAAUGAGUGCUGCUGCAAAAUGUAAUUUUUCUUCUUGUACAUGCUCAUAUCAUGCAGCUGUACAUAGUAAUAGUGAAUUAAUAAUUACUUUCAAAGGAAAAAUAGUUCAUAGUCCGUCAGAACAAAGAGCUCGUCCUAUUCGUGGUACUCAUCGACUUUCUGUUGCUGAAAAAUUAACGAGUGGAUUAAGUCCUGACCAAUUACGACUUAAAGAACUAGGUCAUUUAACAGAAAACAACCAUUUAACAACUAGUUUACAAAAAAUUAAGGAAGAACAAGCUAAAGUAAUAAAUGUUGGAAAACGAGUCUCAGGACACUUACAAACAAUCACGAUCAGCCCACUACGUUUGAUUCUUUUUACUGAAGGAGCACUAAUUUUAUGGAAUAAAGUAGGAAGUAAUGUACCUAUCUCGUGGGAUGCUACAGGAGGAAUCGUUAUGAGUAGAGGAAAGCGAGUCUAUUAUUAUGAAUUGACUGUUACUAAUAUUGCUCCUCGGUCAGUAACUACCAAAACCUUAUCAGGACCAUCAUUUCCUAUCACUUCAAUGUUAUCAACUACGCAUACAACCAUGGACCUUGUUCAAUGGUCACCAAUUGUUCAUUCAGAUGGAUCAUUAGUCUUUCAACUAACUGCUAUGCGCUUCUUUAAUGGUGAUAAUACGAUGAGCGCAUAUUUAAAACGUUCUUGGAUUAUCGUUAACAGAAAAGCAACAAAUGAAGAUCUAAGUAAAACUGUAGUUCAUUCUUGUUUUGCACAUUUUAGUAAAAGUGUAAAACUUCAAGCAACAAAAUUUUUCACAAAGAAAAAGGUAGCAUUUGUUUUAUGGACUAUGUCAUUAUUAGUGAAUUCAAAUACCGUUGAAGAAAUGGCUAGUAUGUGGGAACAUAUUUGUGCUGUUCUUCUUAGGCCUACACAAAUUACAGCAUAUUCUGUAUCUAUUUCUUGUUUAUCCCAUGCAGCUGAUAAUGUAAACAAUGAUUCUGACAAGGAUAAUUUUAUUAUUAGAAAUGUUAAAGUUGAUUCCAAAGGUGAAUAUCAAUAUUCAUCAACACUUGAUCAGGUAUGA